UCGACGGGCGCGCUGAACCGGGCACGGAGCAGGGGCUGGCGUCGGUCACAACAGAGCCGAGCCUCCCGCGGCCCGCGCUGCUGCGGCAUGUCUGAGGCUGGUGCGGCCGGGCUUGGAGCUACCGCUGCAGCGGCAGCAGGAGCAAGUCUUGGGGGCAACGGCGGCGGGGCCGGAGCACUGCAGCAGGGUUCCCCGGCCGCUGGAGGGUUGCCUGCUUGUGGUCCCGCCCGAGCUGUUAUCGCUGCUGCCGCAGCUGCUACUGCUGAGAGCCCUGCAGGAGGAGGCAGUGGAAGUGGUAGUAGUAGCAGCAGCGGCGGGGGGCUCGGCUCGGCUCGUAUCGCGGGGAAGAAGGCACAGCUUCGCUCUGCACCCCGCGCCAAGAAGCUAGAGAAGCUGGGAGUAUACUCUGCCUGCAAGGCAGAGGAUUCUUGUAAAUGUAAUGGCUGGAAAAACCCUAACCCACCUCCUACUCCACCCAGGGUAGACUUGCAGCAAUCUGUUGUGAGCCUUAGUGAACCAUGUCGUAGUUGUAAUCAUGCACUAGCCGCUCAUGUUUCCCAUUUGGAGAAUGUCUCAGAAGAAGAAAUGAACAGGCUGUUGGGAAUUGUGUUGGAUGUUGAGUAUCUCUUCACCUGUGUUCACAAAGAAGAAGAUGCAGAUACCAAGCAGGUUUAUUUCUACUUAUUCAAGCUUUUGAGGAAGUGUAUAUUACAGAUGGGGAAACCUGUUGUGGAAGGAUCUCUGGAAAGUCCCCCAUUUGAGAAACCUAGUAUUGAACAGGGAGUUAAUAAUUUUGUGCAAUACAAAUUUAGUCACCUCCCAUCAAAAGAGAGACAAACCAUAGUAGAAUUGGCUAAAAUGUUUCUCAAUCGCAUCAAUUACUGGCACUUGGAAACACCUUCCCAGUGGCGACUGAGGUCACCUAAUGAUGACAUUGCUGGCUAUAAAAUAAACUACACAAGGUGGUUGUGUUACUGCAAUGUCCCCCAGUUUUGUGACAGUCUACCUCAAUAUGAAACCACACAAAUUUUUGGGAGAACAUUGCUGCGCUCUGUUUUUACCGUUAUGAGACGGCAACUUCUUGAACAUGCAAGACAGGAAAAAGACAAACUUCCUCUUGAGAAACGAACACUAAUCCUAACACAUUUUCCCAAGUUCCUGUCCAUGUUGGAGGAAGAGGUAUACAGUCAAAAUUCUCCUAUCUGGGAUCCAGAUUUCAUAACUUCCACUUCUCGAAGCAGCCAACUAGGCAUCCAAACAGUUAUUAAUCGUCCGCCUAUGGUGAGAUCUGUUUCAUAUAGUUCAAGUCCCUCAUCUUUGGAACAACCCAGUGGAGGAACUAUGAGUCCUGCUUCCAAAUCUGCUUCUGGCCAGGACCAAAACCUAGGGGAAAAAAGAAAAAAUAAUGAAGGUUAUUCUGCGGAGAAUGCUAAGAAGCCACGGGUUAUAGGAGAUAUUCCUGUUGAACUGAUCAAUGAAGUGAUGUCAACUAUUACAGAUCCAACAGCAAUGCUUGGUCCAGAGCAGACUAAUUUUCUAUCUGCACACUCAGCCCGGGAUGAAGCUGCAAGAUUGGAAGAGCGUAGGGGAGUGAUUGAAUUUCAUGUGGUUGGAAAUUCCUUAAAUCAAAAACCAAAUAAAAAGAUUAUGAUGUGGCUGGUUGGCUUACAAAAUGUAUUCUCACAUCAGCUACCCAGGAUGCCAAAAGAAUAUAUUACUCGUCUAGUCUUUGAUCCGAAACACAAGACCCUUGCAUUAAUAAAGGAUGGUCGUGUGAUUGGUGGUAUCUGUUUCCGGAUGUUCCCAUCUCAAGGAUUUACAGAAAUAGUUUUCUGUGCAGUGACUUCUAAUGAACAAGUCAAGGGUUAUGGAACACACUUAAUGAAUCAUCUGAAAGAAUAUCACAUUAAGCAUAAUAUUCUCAAUUUCCUUACAUAUGCUGAUGAAUAUGCAAUUGGCUACUUUAAAAAGCAAGGCUUUUCAAAAGAUAUUAAGGUACCAAAAGCAAAAUAUGUAGGCUAUAUCAAGGACUAUGAAGGAGCAACUUUAAUGGGAUGUGAAUUAAAUCCAAGAAUCCCUUAUACUGAAUUUUCAGUCAUCAUUAAGAAACAAAAAGAGAUCAUCAAAAAAUUAAUUGAAAGGAAGCAAGCACAGAUUCAGAAAGUUUAUCCUGGCCUUUCUUGUUUCAAAGAUGGAGUACGACAGAUUCCCAUAGAAAGUAUUCCUGGAAUUAGAGAGACUGGCUGGAAACCAAAUAAUAAAGAGAAGAGUAAAGAACCCAAAGAUCUGGAUCAACUUUACAGCACACUAAAAAACAUUCUGCAACAGGUCAAGAGCCACCAAAGUGCUUGGCCUUUCAUGGAACCAGUGAAGAGAACAGAGGCUCCUGGAUAUUAUGAAGUUAUAAGAUUUCCUAUGGAUCUGAAAACUAUGAGUGAACGAUUGAAGAACAGAUACUACGUAUCUAAAAAAUUAUUCAUGGCAGAUAUGCAACGAGUGUUUACUAACUGCAGAGAAUACAACCCACCAGAAAGUGAAUAUUACAAAUGUGCCAAUAUACUGGAGAAAUUUUUCUACACAAAAAUUAAAGAAGCUGGAUUAAUUGACAAAUAAUUUUCUUCUCAUACAAUUAAGAUGCCUAAUGUAAUAGCAAAAUAUGCAGUUCUUUCACUAGAUUUGAAACUUGUUUAUAAAAUAAAACUUUCUUAACUAGCACUUUUAAACAUGUAAUAUAGAAGAGUUUAUUUUAUUAAAGUAUUUUUAAAUGUACACUUGCAUGCCCUUUUGCGGUGUAUUCAAUUUUUAUUAGAUGUAUUGCACAAACUGUUUGGAGAUUUGGAAAGGGUAAAUUUCCAAGCAGUGAAUGUUUAAGCUUAAUGUAUCAGAUUGAAAAAUGGAUUAUUUUUACAGCAAAGACGUUAAUGAAGGGGAAGUGAAUUAUAUAUAUUAUGAAUUAUAU